AUGAGCCGGCUGCUGUGCUGUCUGCGUGUGCGCCGCGCGCGGGACGACAUGGGCGCCGCGCUCGAGCGGCAGCAGGUCGGCGACGCGAGCGACAGAACUGUGUGCGGAGCCCCGCCCACCAUGGCCGACGUUAUACGGGAGCGGAAGAAGAAGGCGGGCGGCGCCGCUCUGGGCACGCUGCGGCGGCGGCUCGCGGCGGCCGCGCGGCGCUCGCGGGACGCCGGGCCCGAGCGCGGCUGCGAGCACGCGCGCUUCCUGCGCUCCGUGGUGGCGACGUGGCGGCCGGCCGAGGUGGUGGUGCUGGGCGAGCAGCUGGAGGCGCUGGCCGCGCUGCGCGACCUGCACGCGCAGGCGGCGCUGGCCCGCGAGCCCGCGCGCCCGCUGGCCGCCGACCUGGCGCGCCUGCGCCACGCGCGCCUUGCCUGCGACGUGGAGCUGCGCGGCGCGGGCUUCUCGCUGCCGGCGCACCGCGCAGUCCUGCUGGCCCGCUGCGACCACUUCCGCGACCUGCUGCGCCGCCACCCCGCGUCGGCGCGGGUGCCGCUGGAGGGCGUGUCGGCGUCCCUGUCGCGCGCGCAGCUGGAGGCCGUGCUGCACGCGCUGUACGCCGGCGCGCCGCCGCCCGCCGACCACGCCGGCUCGCUGCGGAACUGUCGCGGCGGCGGCGGCGGACGCCACGCCUCGCUGGCCAUGUUGGACGACGGCUUCCGGCUGUACGAGAUAGCCAGGUUUCUGGAGAUGCCGAUAGUGGUGCAGGGCUGCGAGGACGCCAUCGUGUGCGCGCUGAGCCCCGACACGCUGCCGCACGUGCUGCGCUGGUGCGCCGAGCCCGUCGCCAGCCAGUGGGUGCAGCGGCAGGCCAUGCGGUACCUGCGCGACGAGUUCCCCGCCGUGAUGGCGGCGCCCGCGGCGGCCGCGCUGCCCCGCGCCGCGCUGGCCGACGCGCUCUCGUCGGACUUCCUGCAGGCGGGCGAGGCGCAGGCGCUGCGGGCGCUGCUGCGCUGGGCCGAGCGAGCGGCGCGCGAGCCUCCCGGCGCCGCGCCGCGCGACCUGCUGGCCCCGCUGGCGCCGCUCGUGCGCACCGAGCACCUGCCGCCCGACUGCGACGUGCUGCAGCAGGCCGUGCGGCGCGGCGUGGUGGGCGCGCCGGCGCCGUGGCAGGGCGGCGCGGCCGCGUGGCUGGGGCGCGGCGCGUGUCGGCCGCCGCGCUGCUUCCUGCCCUACCUGGACGAGGUCAAGGCACUGCUGGAGUCGCAGGUGGUGCCCGAGGCCGAGCUGGCGGCGGCGCGUCGCUCGCGGCUGCUGCUGCCCAUCCCGGACGCGCUCUACAUGCUGGCCGACAUCCCGCGCAACAGGCACCCGCGACCCGAGCGCCGCGCAGGUAUGUCACACACAUGUUCAUGUUGACGCCGCUGACGUCGGCUGGAUCAAAAAUAUUGAACACGUCAACUAGUCAUCAUCAUCAGCCGGAAGACGUCCAC